AUGUCGACCCCGAUCGCCGACGCGCCGCGCGCGAUCGAGGGAGGACGGAUCGGGGAGCUCGCGUACGCGGGGGCGACGGAUUACGCGCGCGUGGGACGCGGGAAGACGAAUCCCGACGGACACCGUCCGGAUCUCACCGAACCGCACGCGUACGAGGCGCUGCGGGACGUGCGGUUCGUCGCCCUGGGGGGGGGGGCGGCGGCGACGCACUGCGCGGCGAUCGAUUCGGAGGGGCGAUUGUGGACGUGGGGACGAAACGAGCGCGGACAGCUGGGACACGGCGAUCGGACGACGCGCGGCGCGCCGACGGAGGUGCGAGCGCUGCGGGAACUCGAUGUGAAGUGCGUGUCGGUGGCGUGUGGGAAAUCGCACACCGCGGUGGUGUGCUCGAACGGGGACGUGUACGGGUUCGGGUCGAAUAAGCAAGGGCAGAUCGGAUGCGGGACGAUGAAAAAAGUUAUGAAGAAGGGGGACGCGGAGGACGAUAAGUUGACCCCGGUGAAGGCUUUGGUGGCGAACGGCGCGUCGGUGUCUUGCGGUGGAGAGUUCACGGCGGUUUUGACCAGAGACGGGGAGGUUUUCACGUACGGUUUGCCGCAAUACGGACAGCUCGGGCACGGGACGGAUCACGAGUACAACACGAGCGCGAGCUCGAUUAAGAUUGUGUACGAGCCGCAACCGCACCCGAAACGGGUCGUCGCGAACGGGUUCGGGGAGAGGAAGAUCGUCAAGCUGUCGUGCGGCGUGAAUCACGUCGCGUGCUUCGACGACGCCGGGAAGAUUUGGACGUGGGGAUUCGGCGGGUACGGAAGACUCGGUCAUCGCGUGCAAAAAGAUGAAUUCGCGCCGAAAAUGGUGGAAAUCCAGGGCGGUGAUCGUAAUCUGUGCCCAGCGGACGCCGUCAUCGGCGCCGGAUCGACGUCGACGUUCGUCUCCGCUCUGCAAGGACAGCUGUACGCGUUCGGUAAGAUUAAGACCACUGGGGACAACCUGAUGUAUCCGACGCCGUUCAUGGAUCUCCAAGGAUGGGUCUUGCGUGACUUCUCCGCCGGGAACGUCACGUUCGCCGCGUGCGCGGAGAAGUCCGCGGUGACGUGGGGUGGGGGCCAAUACGGUGAGCUCGGAUACGGGCCGAAAGGGAAGAAAUCGAGCGCGAACCCAGACUUGGUGCCGUCGCUCGAGGGCAAGAGGACGUACGCCGUCGCGUGCGGCGUCGGAUACACCCUUUUCUUGGUCGAUAAGGAAGACGCAAAGGAUCUUCCGAGGUUUACUCCGGCACCGGACGAUGAACCGGGGAAGAAGGUAAAAGCAGCGCCGGCGAAGGGCCCGGUGGCAAAGAAACAAAAGAAAUAA